CUCAAGACACGUGCCAAUAGUUACGAGAUCAGAAACUCAAAUCAACGGCAUCUUCGGUGUGCUAAUGUUUCGAUCGGCAUAAGCCGAUUGUGUGGUGUCCGCGGCCGCAUUGUGUGAUUAGUAAAUGUGAGGAUGACGCCAUUGCAUAAGCACUGCUGCUGAUGCAAAUUGCAACACCACCCAUUGCUACAUUUGAAGUUGAAAAAAGAACUACGCGAGAUCCUACCAUAUCGUAGAUCGGGCCUAGACCAUGACGUGGUGUGAACCCCAAUAGCAUAUAUAUCGAACGAGACCAGUCUAAAGAACAAUUAAAAUCAACAUCAAACAACGAUCAAGAUACAGCAUUGACCAUCUUUGAAGACAAUAACGAAAGCGCCAGAUCUGCACGAUGGCAUUCUCAAUCGGCAUGCCAUGGAGCCAUGGUGAGCAUAAAAUGCACGAACUUCUUCACGUACCUGAAUACGACAAUCCGACCUCUACCUCGCUCACAGCCCAAGCGUCAUUCAUGCUUCAACGGGCACCGCUCCUCGCGUUCGGAACUCUGGAUUCUCAGGAUCGGCCAUGGACUACGCUAUGGGGUGGUCAUCCCGGAUUCUCUCAGCCAUUAGGUGGUGGUAUGAUUGGAACGCGUACGAUUGUUGAUGGCGCACACGAUCCGGUGGUGCAAAGUCUGACCGGAGGUGUCGAGAAGGGAGAAAUGAUUCAAAAUAGCAACCGAAUGCUUUCUGGACUAGCAAUCGAUCUCAUGACGAGGAAACGAGUGAAGAUCGCCGGGCACAUGGUUGCGGGCGCACUCGGUGAAGUUGAUGUCGAGUACGAAGACGGAUCAGAGCGACUCGAAGGCGGUCCGGACAAGCAAGACCAGUUACAAUUGGUCUACAAGGUUGAUCAAAGUCUGGGGAACUGCCCAAAGUAUCUAAAUCAGUAUGAGAUUCAGCCUGCCCUGGUAACAUCGAAAGUCAAGUCGACGUCGGCAUCUUUAUCAGCGGAAGCAAAGGCGCUCGUGUUGAAGUCAGACAUGUUUUUCUUGUCUAGCACGACUACCGAAGACAUGGACACAAACCAUCGUGGCGGUCCACAAGGUUUUGUGCGUGUGCUCUCUGAUACAGAAAUAGUCUACCCCGAAUACUCCGGCAAUCGACUCUACCAAACGCUUGGAAACCUUCAAAUGAAUCCUCGAGUCGGCAUUACUUUCCCAGAUUACCAAACUGGAGACAUUCUGUACAUCACUGGCGUUACGGAAAUCCUGGUGCUGUCAGAAGCAGCAAAAGUUCUGCCCGGCAGCAACCUAGCCGUAAAGAUCAAGAUAGAAGAGGCCAAGUUCGUCGAAUCCGGCCUUCCAUUCCGAGGAAAGAGGAUGGUGCCAUCUCCCUACAACCCUCUGGUACGCACACUUGCCACAGAAGGCAAUAUCAAAUCAUCACUUUCAACUUCCCAUCAAACCGCACGACUUGUGAGAAAGACUAAAAUAACACCGACGAUCUCUCGUUUCACAUUCUCUGUCGAAGGAGGCGUCUCAUAUAAACCGGGACAGUGGGUAGCGCUGGAUUUCUCAAAAGAUAUGGACUAUGGGUACUCACAUAUGCGAGACGACGAUCCCAGGAGUUUGAACGACGACUUUGUCCGCACGUUUACGAUAUCAUCCACGCCGGGAUCUUCAACCGCAAAAGAUGAGGAAUUCGACAUCACCAUCAGGGAAGUCGGCGUCGUGACAGGUUACUUGUUCCGACAGAAUGAGCGCGCUGGCUUCGAAGUGCCAAUCGUCGGCAUUGGAGGGGAGUUUGAGAUAGUGCAGGAGAAAGGGAAAUUGACGCCUUUCAUCGCGGGCGGAGUGGGCAUUACUCCACUUUUGGGGCCAUUGAAGGAUCUCGAUUUAUCGCCGGAAAGCUUUAGGCUUUUGUGGACGGUUCGGGAGGCAGAUGCAGAUUUGGUGGUGGACACAUUGAAACGGCAUCCUGCCCUCGCAAAAUGUACGACUAUCUUCUUUACGGGUACGCAAACGCCACUUAAUUUCGAGAGCGUAGUUUCCAAGUUGUUCGAGGAGGGCGUUCAAAUCAAAAGAAGGAGACUGGAAGCAAGGGAUCUGACGGAGGUUGAUGCGGAUACAUGGUAUUUGUGCGCAGCUAAGUCGCUCAGGAAGAAUAUUUUGGCCUGGUUGCAUGGCAAAAAAGUUGUGUUUGAAGACUUUGAUUAUUGAGUAAAUUUAUACCAGGCGGUUUCCUUUUCCUUUUAUUUGUAUGAAGUUUUGAGCUUUUAACUUCAAAACAUAAAUCUCAUAUU